CAGAGCACACAGCCCAUGGGACAGGCUCAUCAUAUUAGGCCUGCUUCCAUAAAUUCAACGCCCUGUCACCCAUCCGUCCAAUUAUAUAUAAUAUUUGUUCUCUUUUGACUCUCUAUCGAAGACUAGCGAUUCAUCUCUUUGUCGUUACCGUUGAGUUGUAAUCAUUACUGCAGCAAUUCCAUCGAUCCCCCUCGAUUCGGUCGUUGGUAUCACAAGCCCUGCGCCUUCAUCCUCUAAAAUAGACUGACGAUGUCGGUGCCACCAAAGAUCCGCUAUGUGGUGGUUACUGGAGCUGGUGGAGAGCCAGAAGGGAACCCUUCUCCAGCUGUACGGGACUCUCUGCCGUCGGAACUAUCUCUGGACGACGGAACCAUGGUCAAAAUUCUAAAGUACCCGCGUGAAAGAACAUGUUCUUUCCGUGAGAUGCGAGAAACCAACGAGGAGAUCUGGUCUAACGAUCCCUCUGUAUUCGGAGAGGCUACAACCUUUGCUGGAGGCCGCCUACCUUAUAUUGACUUGGUCCUUCAUAUCGGCAAGUGCACGCAAAAGAAGCCUGGUUAUUGGGUCGAAAGCGUCGCCAGACGCGACGUCUACAAGGGCGUCGACGAUGAAGGCCAGACUUUUCCGCCUGGACAAACAGGCCCGGGAGGAAUAUGGGAGCGCUUACCCGACAGAUUGAGCCCUUGUUUCGAUAUUGACAAAGCUGCCAAUACAAUUGGCCGCGAGCACCCUGACGUAAUAUCUGGGAGAUCUGAUGACGCGGGAGCCUCAUUCUGCGAGCUCGAGUUGUUCUCUUCUCUUGCCGUCUGUGUGAAGAGAAGGGAGGCUCUUCGAGCCGCGUUCUUUCACAUACCGCCUAGACAACUGCCGCAAGACAUCCAAGCACAUACUGCAGUUACAGUAACUCUUAUUAAAGCAUUGGUGGCUUGAAUUCAUGUCACGUAGCAAUUGAACCAACCCUCAUAUGCCUACAUACCCCGUAGGGUAAUGUAGGCGUCUACGUUUUAUGCGACAAUUUAUAUUAUAAAUAUUA